AUGGCAGCAGACAGCACCACAGCUCCUGAAGAAAAGGCAGCCACCACUCCUGGAAAAAGGGCUGUCCACAAAAUCCGAAUGGCCAACAUGGUCUUCAGCUUGGCACGAGGAUGGCAGCAGUGGGCAUCUGACCACCACGUAAAGCAAGCCCAAGAGCCCUCUGGAUGGGUCCCCCCUACAGAAGACUCAUCAGCCCAGCCUGUAGAAGAAAGAUCCUUUGAAAAAUGGACAAUACCACCUGUCAAGGACCAAGAAAAAGUGGAUGAAAAAUCCUCAGCAAAGGAAUCAGUAACAAUAAGAGAAGCUGAAAAAAAAUCAAGGGAAUCAGAUGAAGCCCUGAAAAAGUUCAGCAUUAAAAGCAAAGAGGUGACCAAAACAGUUGUAAGCAAAGCCUAUGAACGAGGAGGUGAUGUUAGCCUCCUCAGUGAAAGAUAUGAGAACAACAAUAGCAGCUCAGAGAUGACCAAGCUCAAAGAAGAAUCAAAUGCUAUUGAAAAAAUUCUUAAUGGCAAAUUAUCUCCAACCAUAAGGAGAAAGUGUUCAAACAUGGUAUCAGAGCUGACCAAGGGCUGGAAACAGGUGGAACAAGAUGAUAGAGAAGGGAGUAAGAAAGAACUGCUGCUUAAGUGUCAUGAUGACAGCCUGGAUGCUGAGGACAGUGGCUAUGGAGAAGCAGAGGACAAAACUGAGCCAGAAGACAGUGACCGAGAGGUGACGGCUGUGAGGAUUAAACGACCUGUGCCAUCUCUCGCAAACAGGAUUAAUGAAGAAGCACGCACCAAAGCCCAGAGGAAAUACAGCCCUGUCAAUAGCCUGAAGGACAAAUGGCAAGAAUGGAGUCAUCAGCACAUCAUGUCGCAGAAGCUCAAUCCCUUCAGUGAGGAAUUUGACCAUGAGCUGUCCAUGUCCACACGCCUGCACAAAGGAGAUGAAGGCUAUGGUCGUCCAAAGGAAGGAACCAAAACUGCCGAAAGAGCAAAGAAAGCUGAGGCCCACAUCCAUAGGGAGAUAAGGGACAUGUGUUUCAUCAUUGAAUCCAUGGCUAGGCCACGGCCUGAUGGGAAGAUCCAAGUUACAUUUGGGGAACUUUUUGACAGAUAUGUUCGUAUUUCGGAUAAGGUUGUUGGGAUUCUGCUGAGAGCCAGGAAACAUGGUCUAGUAGACUUUGAGGGGGAAAUGUUAUGGCAAGGAAGGGAUGAUAAUGUUGUAAUUACUUUAUUAAAAUGA